UUGUCAUACUGCAGGUCUUGGAAGCACGGUCGUGGUGUCCGCAGGCCCAACACAGUCCUUGGUGUGAUUUGUCGCCAGAGCUUCCCGGGAUGGGUCACGUUGCCCGGUGAGGGCCAGGUUCCAGAGCUAGGAAUGACCUGGGAGCACUACUUGGCAGCCCCGGCCCCGCCGGGGGAGAGGAUCGGCGGUGUUGAGUGCCACACGGUGGCCGACGUUGUGAUCCUGACGUUUUGGACCUUUUACAGGUGUGCUGAGGGACAGGAGGAGGCCGCGACUCGGGUUAUCGAAGCCGAGUGCAGGCGGCUACUUCAAAACUGGCGGAACGGGGCUCGGACGCAGGCUACUCGAGACUACUUCACCUCGAUUGGUAUUAGGAUGUCCAAGUCGAAGUGCCGCACAAAGUAUCUGAGUAAGGAGAAGUACAUGAAGGUGCCCCCGAGAUGGGGUGUGGAUAGGCUGGAUUGUUGGGAGGCGUUGGUGGAUGAGUGGUGCUCUCCCCAAUGGCUAUCCACCCACAACAAUGCAAAGGAUCGGCGUGGCAAAAUGAGCGGUGUGCCACACCAUCAAGGCAGCGUCAACCUAUAUCAGUACGGGGAUAACUGGGUGCGGCACAACGAGACGGAUGUGCCAGAGCUGUUCGACCUCUAUUCCAUGGCCCAUAGUGCCCCGUAUAAGAAGGCCAAGGCAUUCUCUGAGUCUGAUCUUGAUGAUCCAAAGAACUUCACCAACCGCGCCUCCCACAACAAGCUCGUGAGGUAUAGAGACGAGGGGAAGGCGAGGAAAGGGCCGGACUUUAACCCGAGCCAGCCUAUUGAUCUAGAGCUGGUGAUGAUAUCUGGUGGCGGGAGGAACCCUGGCUUGUUAGCCAUUGGGGAUGGACUGAUACGUUGUACUAGCACUCUCCCGCAGAUCAAGAGGCGCCAGACGAGCUCCGAUCCUGAGAUAAGACCUCGUCCACGGCCAAUGGAUCUUGAAAUCAAGGCUGCUAUUGAGGAAGAGAGAGCAAAGACCCAGGAGCUUCUGGCGGAGGAAAGGAGGCAUGCGGCGGAGAGGGAGAGGGAGAUUGAGGAGAGGACGGCUAGGCUUUUGGAGGAGGAGAGGAACCGGAACGACUUGGCUAACCGGGCCAUAUACGAGCUCUUCGCGUCCAUGUGCGAGAAGAACGGUCAGACCCCUCCGCCGAUGCCAGUCAUUGCUCCGGCGGACACUCAUAACUCCCGACAAGCAUCGACGUCUGCCAUUGGCGCGAGCAAGAACCCCGAUCCUCCUCCGUCUGCCACAACCACGAGCAAGAACCACGAUCCUUCACCUACGGGUUGACGAUUUGCUUCAGAUCACAGAAGCUUGGGUUGAUGGAGUGCUUGUCUUUAGUGUUUGUUUUGACUUUGUGAAACUUGCUACCUAUGAUGAAACUAUGUAUAUGUAUGGAUGAAACUUGCUACUAUUGGUAACAUGUGUUGGAUAUAUUUGCGUUCAUGACUAUUGGUAAUAUGUGUUGAAUAUGCUAUAUUGGUCAUAUAUAUAUAUAUAUAUAUAUAUAUAUAUA